AAAAGGUUCAAAGAGAGCUAGAUGGUGUCCUGGAACCCUCCCAUCUCAUCAGCUACGACGACCGUAAGAAACUGCCGUACACAAGUGCUGUGCUUCACGAGGCUCUGCGGUACAGCAACGUGACUGCCGUCGGGGUGCCUCGGCAGUGUGUGAGGAACACAACCCUGCUGGGUUUUCACAUUCAGAAGGGCACACUUGUGUUGCCAAAUCUACACUCUGUUGUGUAUGACUCUGAGCACUGGGCAACCCCUUGGGAGUUCAACCCAGAUCAUUUCCUUGAUUCGGAUGGCAACUUUGUGAACAAAGAGGCAUUCUUGCCUUUCUCAGCAGGGCAUCGUGUAUGUCUGGGGGAACAGAUGGCACGAGUUGAACUGUUCAUCUUCUUUACCAGCCUCCUUCGAGCAUUCACAUUCCAGCUCCCUGAGGGAGUGAAGGAAAUCAAUCUGGAGUACAUUUUGGGUGCAAUACUGCAGCCACAUCCAUAUCAACUCUGUGCUAUCCCACGCUAG